AUGGGUGGUCAACGACAGAUCAGACCCGGCAGGGUCUACCAGACGGUGACCACCAUGAUGAACCACCGAAUAUUCCCCAAGGUCCAAGUCCAGAAGCCGAUAUGGUACGAAGUCGUCGAGUCGAUACCGCCGUCCGAGAUCCUCACACGACCCUACCCGCCGCAGCACAAGAAACACAACCCGAAGACGCGGAGACCCAGCAGGCUGUUCCAACCCCAGCAGCUGGUGUAUGAGGAAGACGGGCUGCGGAGGACCUUCUACAAAGACCACCCGUGGGAGCUGGCACGGCCGAGGAUGAUCAUCGAGAUGGACGGAAAGGACGCGCAGAAAUACGACUGGUCCAGGGGACUGCGGCAGCCGGGCAUGCCACUGUGUGGUGAGAGUGUCGUCCAACGGCAGAUGUGGAUGAUGCACACCAACCCAGACUUGACAACAGAGCAGGCGUACGACAUAGUACGAAAGGAGUUCUACAAGCUACGACAGGAAGAGGAGGUCCAGCGGAGGAUAGCCAAGGAGGAGGCCCAGCACAUGGGCGCCUACUUCGGCAAGUCGGCCCUGCAGGUCGGCAUGGAGCUCGAGGACCAGCAGUACGAGUACUGGAAGAAGUGGGCUGGGAAGCAGAUCGACGCCGUUCGCGCCGAGCAGAACGCCGCCUACACCAGCUUUGGCAACGAGGAGGCCGACGCCGACAGUGUCGAUCUCGACGAGAUCAUCAACUCGCCCGCCACGCCAGUCGAACAACCUGCCGGUGCGCGCAAGUAA